AUGAGUCAGAUCCAGUCCCCACCCUUGAGGACCCGGACAGCAAGAGAAGAUGUGAAUGGAUGGUCCUCUCCUGAGGGGGAGCAUGGACAAGUGGAGAGAGCAUGUGCUCUGGACUCAGGCUCAGGGUUCUGGCCCAGCCCUGCGGCUGGCCAGCUGUGUGGCCAGGGUCAGGUAACUUGGCUUCUCUGUUGGUGCUUAGAGCCAGCGUGCAUCAAGUGCCUGAUCUGUGGGACAUGCACAGUGGAUGGGAGCCUUUGCAGCGUCGUCACCUUUGCUGCGAUCUCCACUUGGCUGCAUACUGGUCUCCUUAGGAGGUACAGCUUCUCAUCUCCCCCUCUCCUGGCCGUGAGCGCCCCUUCCUCCUCUGCUGGCUGCUAG